GCUAGGGAAAAUGGCUGCGUACUUAUUAAUCAUGAUUUAAUGUUGUGUUGCAAUAUUGAGUAUUUUUUUAAUAAAUUAUAACAAACACUAUUAUUUAUAAAUAUUUAAAUUAAAUUUUAAAAAAUGGCUAAGCAUCAUCCUGAUCUUAUUUUCUGCAGGAAACAACCAGGUGUUGCAAUUGGAAGACUAUGUGAAAAAUGCGAUGGAAAAUGUGUAAUUUGUGAUUCAUAUGUGAGACCUUGUACAUUGGUGAGAAUUUGUGAUGAAUGUAAUUAUGGAUCUUAUCAAGGAAGAUGUGUAAUUUGUGGUGGACCAGGUGUAUCAGAUGCUUAUUACUGCAAAGAAUGCACAAUCCAAGAAAAAGACAGAGAUGGUUGUCCAAAGAUUGUAAAUCUUGGCAGCUCAAAAACUGAUCUCUUUUACGAAAGAAAAAAAUAUGGUUUCAAAAGAAGAUAAAUAUUUUAUUUUAUUAACUAAAUAAAAAAAAAAAAACAAUUGUAUCAACACACACACAGACAAAUAAAUAAAUAAAUAUAAGAUUUCCAAUUUUGUAAUUUGAAGUUUAAGAGCAGAUAGAAUAUUAGAAAAAUAAAAUAAU